GUACUUUUCUCAAAUAUUGCUGCCCCCUGAGAAUGAAUGAACACAAACUUUGUUUUGAUACAACUCAAAUCAGAGCAACACUUCUACUCUACGAGUAAACAUGAUUUUUUCCAUCCUCUUCGCAUUGGUACAAGUGCAAUCAUGCUUUGGCUGGUCAAGUGAAGAAAAUUUUAAUCCCUAUCUAAAUCCCAUCUAUACCUGGCUGUAUUCGGAUGUAAGAUGUCAGCCGUACUACCUGGAACAUACAGAGAGAUACUUCUGUACUGAUGACGGUGUAUAUACCUGUGUACAUGGAUGGACUGGAGAUAACUGUGAUGAACCUGUCUGUGCUAACGGAUGUGUAAAUGGUAAAUGUGUUGCCCCGGAUAUUUGUAGAUGUGAUAUGGGAUAUCAAGGGGAAACCUGUCAAUCAUGUAUCCGGCAUCCAGGCUGUAAGCAUGGAACAUGUGAAAGGGCGUUUGAAUGUACAUGUGAAACAGGGUGGCAAGGGCAGUUUUGUAAUAUUGCUGAAUGUACUGAAGGGUGUGAUCCUGAUUUUGGAUAUUGUGAUUCCCCUGGUGAAUGUCUCUGCAAGGCUGGUAGUGGAAUGGAAGGAGCAAAUUGUACAGAAUGUAUUACCAGAGAAGGAUGUAAACAUGGGUCAUGCGAACAACCUGGAGAAUGUAAUUGCGAUGAUUUCUGGGAGGGGCCCAUGUGUGACCAACAUGUAUGCAGGGAUGGAUGCCACCGAACACAGGGCUACUGCAAAGAACCAAACACCUGCACAUGUUUGGCUGGAUGGGCAGGACACAACUGUACAGAAUGUGUACCGUAUCCAGAAUGUAACCUGAACAACACAGUUGCAGAAGGAGCUUGUAUCAACCCUUGGGAGUGUUUGUGUAAACCCGGGUUUGCAGGAAAACUCUGUGAUCAGCCAGCGUCUACCCCUCAGGAGAUAACUGUAAGUGCAGCGGGAAUUGUUGCCCUUAAAACAUCUUCUAUGACAACUUGGUAAUGGGUGUGACAUCAGGUGGUCAAGUAUGUGAUCGAUGAAUUACAGCAUGUAUUUGACACGAACAUGUAAUACAAAUUUCAAGCAUUCA